CGAUGGUCACCCUGAUUUCUUUUCAAUUUCCAAGAUGCCGCCCAAAAAGGACGCGAAAUCUUCGGCGAAACAGCCCCAAAAAACCCAGAAAAAGAAGGAAGGAUCAAGCGGCGGCAAAGCCAAAAAGAAGAAGUGGUCCAAAGGAAAAGUACGUGACAAGCUAAACAACCAGGUGUUGUUUGACAAACCCACAUACGAGAAACUCUACAAGGAAGUGCCACAGUACAAGUUGAUCACACCCGCUGUUGUAUCUGAAAGGUUGAAGGUCCGAGGGUCCCUCGCAAGGCGAGCCCUCAUUGAACUUAGAGAAAAAGGACUAAUCAAGCAGGUGGUUCAACACCACGGCCAGGUGAUCUACACAAGAGCAACAAAGGGUGAUGACCCAGUCGCUUAGAAUUAUGUCUUAAAAUAAACAAAAAACCCAAA